CGCAGCAUCAUGCAAUUUUUAAUUGGUUCUAUUAAAAAGGACAAACAAAUGGAAGCUCUUGUUGAUAAGCUCUGCAAUAGGUUUGCUGGUGGAAAUGAUGUUAGGCAGUGGGAGUAUAUCUCUUACUGCCUCUCGCAGCUAACCUACACUGAGAAAGGCUUGAAAAAGCUCAUUGAUAAUUUCAAGAUGUUUGAGCAUGCAUUAUCCGAAGAUUCUGUGAUGAACCACUUCAGAAGCGUGAUAGCAAAGUCAAAUGGUAUUUUUGGAGUAGCUGUGUAUUAA